GGAAGAGAGCAAGAGCGUAAACAGAAUACAGCUGCGUUGCGAUUGAACAAAGUAGGCAACGAUAGACGAGAAAAAAGAAAUAUCAAGUUAGUCGAUUGAGUUGAAUGGCGUCAAGUAGAUGUAUAUUUUUUUGUUUCAGUUUGAUUUGAAACUAGAGAGAACCAAAAAAAAUAUAGAUAUCAAUUUUGUUUCUUCAGUUUAAAAAAAAAGCAGCAGCAUUUUUAUUUUUGUUUAACGGCAUUUAUUUAUCAUUUCGUUUUCUCCUAGUUUACAUUUUGUGUUUGAUUACAGUUUUUGCGGUGUUUUUGUUGUUAUUGUUUAUUUGAAAGCAAAACACAGAAAUAUCGACCGAAGCAAGUAGCAAAGAGAGUGUGAGUCGAAAGGCGAAUGGUGGAAAUUGGCAACGAUGAAAGAAAUCAUUCUGGGUGGUUGAUGUGUGUGUUUGUAUUGUGUUCAAUAAAUUUGUACGCAUCUUGAAUAAAUAAAUGCAAAAUGCGAUAAUCAGCAUUACGUUAUCGUUUCCAAGUGCAACACGGUUGAACAGAAAAAAAAAUAUGUUCAACAAAAACACAAAACACAGCAGCAACAAAAAAAAAUUGUGUCGAAUGUAAAUGAAAAGAAGUGAAUUUAAAAUCGAGAAAUAAAAGAGGAAAAAAAAUAUGCUAUGAUAUGCACUUGCAUCUAGUAUCCAAAGUGAUUGAAUUUUAUUUCGUUUCUUUUUAUUCUGAUGUUUCAAACCAUUGAAUAAGAAACGAAAGACGCAGCACAGCACAGCCCAGAAAAUAUGGCCGGUUUGAUGCCAAAAGUGUUCGAAGAGGCGAACCUCAGCGGUGAGCUUCGGCUCAGUGGCCGUAAAUUAAAAGACUUCCCGAAAACAGCAGCCAAAUACAAUUUGAGCGACACGGUCAUCGCAGAUUUAUCGCGGAAUCGACUCUGUGAAUUGCCUGAAGAUGUGACCGGAUUUCCAUUCCUCGAAACGUUGCUCAUGUACCACAAUUCACUGCGCUCCAUUCCAGAAUCAAUACGUGGAUUACAUUCGCUGUCUUUCUUGGAUUUGCGGAGCAAUUUGCUGACAUCACUACCACGUGAACUAUGCUUUCUGCCGAUCGAAGUGCUUCUAGUCUCAAAUAAUCGCUUGAUCGCACUGCCCGAUGAACUGGGACGAAUGGAACAGCUAACUGAAUUGGAUGCAGCUUGCAAUCAAAUCACACAUUUACCAGCACGAAUGAGUGACUUGAAAAACUUAAAAUCGCUUUCACUACGCAACAAUCAAUUGGUCUACUUGCCAAGAGAUGUAACGUGUCUAAAAUUGGUUUCACUGGACGUCAGCUGCAAUCGAAUAGCAACACUGCCAGUCGAACUACGGCUCAUGACGGAUUUAGUGCAUUUGGAACUGAGCAGCAACCCAUUAACAUCUCCCCCGGCGAGUUUAUGCGUCAGGGGCUUAGUGCAUGUAUUCAAGUAUCUGGACACGAUGGCAAUGAAGGAGGAAAAGACACGGAAUGGAACAUACGAUGGGAACACAACGCUGCGACGGAAGGCAGCUGCAACACUCAAUAGUGGUCCACUGACUGAGCUGCAAAAGAUUCGUCGUCAAAAUGUGGAUUCUGGUUACAGUACAAGUGAUGGCUUUGAUAAGCGUUGGUCACAAGAGUUGGCCACUUCAAAUGGUACCCCAACAGCAGCAGCCGCCGCUACAACAGUUACCGACAAUGGAAAUGCAUCGAAAUGGUCACCAACACAAACAAAAUCGGUGUUAAGUAGUGAAAAGCAAUCGCCAAGCACUGCUAGCUACUCUCAAUUCCAGCCACAGUCAAGUGGUAAUUCAACACCAACCCUGUCAUCGCCAGCCGGUAGCAACAAUAACACUCUCACUUCGAAUCAAAGUAAUAUCUCUGAUUAUAUCAAACCAAGCGAUUUAGCCGAUAGUACAACACCAACACGAAGCUUGAAUGGAAACAACAGUAAUGAUGUGUCUCCUGACAUCGAUUUGACUCUUAAAACUGGAGACAAAUAUAAAUCAUUAGGCAAUAUUCAAACGUAUAGGGAAUAUAAAGAAGCGUUGCGUCAACAGCGAAAUCAAGAUUCGCACUCAAUUUAUCGACCAAAGGAACCAGCAAAAGAGCAGACAUCACCCGUUUCCGCACAAGAAUCUCCAUCGAAUGCGACAACAACUAAAUCGAAUACCUCAACACCGACAUCAACUCAAAUUCAAAAUAGCUCAAGCAGUACGGCCAGCACCAAUUCACCGUUGUCACCACGUUUUGCACAUAAUUCAAGCGUUAAGUAUGUUGGGCCAACAACUCUAAAUACAAAUGGUUCGACUGUAUCGAACGGAUCAUCCGAGUCGAUUAACAGCAAUGUCAGCAAUGGAACCACUCCAAUCACAUCGAUAAAGUCACCGCUCAGAGGCGAUAAACCCAUACAAAAGGUUACUCCAUCACGAAAUAGCACACCAAUUAAAUACAAUCAUCAGCAAGUUACAAGUCCAACGAAUGGAAAUGUGACAAUUGCCAGCAAAUUAAAUGCCACAACGACCAAAGAAUACAAUGCGUAUAUCAAACCGAAUAGCCCUGCCAAACCGAACACCAUCAAUUGCUCAAACGGAUCUCCCGCCAUCAAUUUGAAUAGCACACCAAAAACCAAUGGAAGCAACAAAUCUGCAGGACAGAAGAGCCCAAGAAGUGUGUCCUGGAACCGUGAUUCACCGGCUGAAAAAUUGAGUUUCACAAUGCGACGCGAGUUCGAUAGACAGAAAGAGGAGAGUGAAUUGAUUGAGCAACUGCGAAAGUCGAUUGAAAGUCGCCUAAAAAUGACUUUACCAAAGGAUAUCGGUUCAGCAUUGACCGAUGGCGUGGUUUUGUGUCAUUUGGCAAACCAUGUUCGGCCUCGAUCGGUUGGCAGCAUCCAUGUCCCAUCACCAGCUGUUCCCAAAUUAACAAUGGCCCGAUGCCGUCGAAAUGUGGAUAAUUUCCUGGACGCUUGUCGAAAGAUUGGUGUUGAUGAGGAGUUGAUAUGCUCUUGCGCUGAUAUUGUGCCAACGAUGACGACGACAACGACGGAUGGUAUUCAAAUGUCUGAUGCAACAACGCUGGACAACCAAAUCGCCGAUGAGUGUACAACAAACACCGAGCAUCGAGCCAGCUUGGAUGUGUCGCCACCGCCAAAUGCAGCCGCCAUGUAUCGCACCGUUGCCGCACUUUUAGCGAUGGCUGAAAUUCCGUCAUGUUUCACAGGCAGUGCAAAGCAAACACAUGCAACCAACACCACGAACACUGGCAAUUAUUCUGACGGAACGGUCGACGAAAUCGACAGUUACAAUCAGUAUUUCAAGCAAAUCGGCAUACAUUUCCAAAAGUCCGCCAAUCGGGUGCUGCUGCUGGAGAAUCAACCUGAGAAUCCAAGCAAAAGCGAAUGUCACACCAUCGAUGGCGAUCACUUCAAUGAGUAUAGUUCAAUUGAUGAUAUUGAUUGCAGUGCAUCUAAUGCGAAUGACCAAACGAUGCAAUGUAGUAGUUUGUGCAGUAGUAGUGCCAGUACUAACCAACCAACAUACGAUCAUUGUCUUAUUGAACAUGCGAUUGAGUUGCCUAAUGACUGUAGCAGUAAUAUUAACAGUAUUAGCAAUAGUGUUAUCAAUAACAACAAUUUGGUUGAACCGAACGCGGAUUGUGUUGAUGCUCGGUCUCUGCCUGUGCAAACGCGACGCAAAAUACCUAACACAUUGAAUUUGAUUAUGUCUAAUACAACCAUUUUGAAUGCAUCGUCGACGUCAACAUCACCAACCGGCGGCGUUGUUACGACGAAAAAACGCAAAAUGUCUAACCUGAAACGCACUUAUAAACAAAUGAAUAAUACCAAAUAUUCGGAUCGAUUCGCAUUGAAUGGAAUCACCGAAGAGUGCGAAUACGACAGUGAUAUUGGCAAAUUUAAUUGUAAAAUUGGCACAUCGGAUCAACUCAUGUCGGACACAAGCAGUGGAUCGUAUGAGUUUUCCGAAGAAACGGCCACCAUUCGAACGGAUAGUGCGAGUAGCAACGAAGAUCAAAGUUUAAAUGACCUGAAUUUAACGCCCAAACAUCGAAACCACGACACGAAUCACACUAUCGAAUGGUUCAAUUUUAAUAAAUCCGAGAAAAUCGUGAUGAAACGCAUUGAAUUCUUUGAAAAUAUUAACAACAAAACAGAAACCAAGCCAAAGACCGAUGAAAAUCUAAUUUCAUCAAUCAUUUGCAUGGCGUCAUUCAUUUUCGCUGUUUUGUUCUUGUUUUUCUUCCCAUUGGCCAGCUAAAUAGAUAAGGCAACAUAACAAAAAGAACAGGGACAUUGAAAGUAUUAUCAAGAGGCUCAUCAUAAGAAUUAACAUUUAUUUUACAUAUUUAAAAAUCGAUUCAUAAUAUUUUUAUACUUAACAAUUCGAUUAAAACAAUUUGAAAACAUUCAAAUUUGAAAAAAAAAUACACGUAUCAUGACACUAAACUUUAUGAAAGUUUUUUUUUGAUAACUAAAUCAAAAAUAUGGAAUUAAAAUUAAAUUGAACCAGUUUUUUACACUUAAUUUAUUUCAUUUCUCUUGAAGAAUAUCAGUCGACCAAAAAUACUACAAAACAAUAUAUUUAACUAUAAUUUUCAGAUUAAAUAAGGCAGCCAGUUUAUUUUGUGUUCAUUCUCAUUUUAAGUGAUCAAAUUGUGGACAAUUAUUUAGCCAUUAUUCUGAUAUAGCAAACCUAUUUAUUUAUUUAUUGUUUUUUUAGUGUUUAAGAUGAACCAUUCCAGUUAUUUUUGAAGUCGAGUCUCUCAGUAUUAGCCUAAUACUAUUAGGCGAUUAUUGGCCAUUCCAAAUUGAACAAUGCAAAUUCAGUUGAAACUUUUGUUACAUUUGCGAAAUAUACACUUUUUGGCUUUUUAUUACAUAAAUUUUUUUGUAUCGAACAAUGAUUCAGCUAAUUUUUGAUAAAUAUCAAUGGACGUUUUUCUGAAGUCAGCGUGCUAUUUUUCUUUCUUUGAAGCUUUAUAUCAAUUACGCUAAAUAAAAAGGAAUACGUAACUCA